AAUAUAUUUGUAUAAAAGUCUGAUAUACUAGUAGGAUUUAUCAGUCUACAGGCCAUUGUCUGAUGACAAUAUUGUAAAUGCCAUGUUAAGAAGCCAGGUGGUAUUCAUGACAUAAUGCCAGUCUGUAUUUGUUUAGGGUUGGACCUGGAGACCAUUGGGACACAGGCUGAAGACAUCUUUGGAGGGAGUGCUGAGGCAGCAGAGCUGGACCUGGAUGGUCAAGGUGGCCGUAUGUUCCUAAGAGUCCUUCUCAACUUGGUGAUGCACAACUACCCGUCCCUGGUGUCAGGGUCCCUCCAGCUGCUCUUCAGACACUUCAGCCAGAGACAGGAGGUCCUGCAAGCCUUUAAACAGGUCCAGCUCCUGGUCUCAGCAGGGGAUGUAGAGAACUACAAGCAGAUCAAGACAGACCUUGAUGAACUGCGCCUCCUGGUGGAGAAAUCUGAGCUUUGGGUGUACAAGACCAAGCAGAAUGAUGAUGAUGAUGCUGGUUCUCAUAGCACAACUUCCAGUAAGAAGAAGAAGAAAGGCAAGGGGUCUGGACCCUCUGAGGACUCUCAGGAGGAGAAAGGCAGUGGAGAGUCUAAGGAGAAAAAAGAUGAGAAGAAAACACCUAGUUUGGGUUUGGCUCAUGAGAAGGGUUCUGCCAUUGAUCUAGACAUAGGUCCUCCCAUUGACUCCAGUGCCUCCCACAACUACAAGACCAUCAAGGAGAUUAUCAGACGUCUAACAAAGCUGUGUGUCCAGGCCUCUGUACAAGGUCCAAAACCAAAGAAACAUGAACAGAGGCUGCUGCGUAACAUGGGUGCCCACACUGUGGUUCUGGAUCUCCUGGAUAUCCCCUAUGAGAAGAGUGCAGACACACGCAUGCAUGAGAUCAUGCGUCUUGCUCACAAGUUCUUGCAGAUGUUCUGUCUGGGCAACCACUCCAACCAAGCCUUGCUGCACAAAAGUCUGGACAAGUUUCUCAAUCCUGGGGUAAACAGCCUGCAGGGGAUCUGUGUGCCCCUUGCCUUGGUCGACUCAAUAGGGAGAAGAAAAAGGAAAAGUGCAUUGCAAGCGGUUGGGUCUACCUUAACUCAUUAAUUCAGUUGAUAUAUAUAAUUUUAUUUUCUGUUGUUUUUUCUUUGGGUUUGUUGUUUAUCAAUAGACUUUUUUGGGUUUGCU